CGCGCCUCCGCGGGAGGAGCAGGCGGCGGCGCCGUCCCUCUCGUCCUUGGAUCUCGGUUCCUCGGGCCGGUAUUCGGCAGUUUGGGGGCCGGUUGUAUUUAAAAUCAACACGUGAUUAGAUGAGUCCAUGUACACGGGGAACUGUCCACGGGGCUGCCGUGUCCCCUCCAUCUCAAGAGUGACCUGCUGCACAGAGCUGGAGAAGGCUCCAGAGAAGGGAGACUCUGGCAUGACCAUGGCGGAGAGGAGAUACAGUACUAAACACAAUGAUUUUCUGGGAUCUAACGGAUGCUUUGCCAACACACCAUCCUCUGGCAGAAGCGUCAGCCCCUCGUCUUCUGUUGAAACAGGUCUGGGUGUCAGUGAGCCCCCAGGCCCCUGCAGAGUGUCUGUUCACCUAGAGCCUGCUGCAGAUUUAGCUCAGAAAUCCUCCUCCUCACAUUCUGAUCACUCAUCUGAAACCUCAUUGCCUAAAAUCCAAAACGAUAAAUAUCCUGAGGAAUUCAGCCUGCUUAAGUUGCAAACAAAAGAUGGGCAGCGUCCUGAGUGGACAUUUUACCCGAGGUUUAGCAGCAAUAUCCACACCUAUCAUGUCGGAAAGCAGUGCUUGUUUAACGGGGUCUUCCUCAGCAACAGGCGGUCUGUGUCAGAGAGGACAGUGGACAAGUGCUUUGGGAGGAAGAAAUAUGAUAUUGAUCCCAGGAAUGGAAUCCCAAAGUUAACUCCUGGAGAUAAUCCAUAUAUGUACCCAGAACAGAGUAAAGACUUCCACAAAGCAGGAUCAACUCUCCCACCUGUGAAUUUUUCACUAGUGCCUUAUGAAAAGAAAUUUGAUACAUUUAUUCCACUUGAGCCUCUUCCACAAAUUCCCAAUUUGCCUUUCUGGGUGAAGGAGAAGGCCAACAGACUGAAGAAUGAGAUAAGAGAAGUUGAGGAGCUUGACAAUUGGCAGCCAGCGUUCCCCUCGAUACACAGUUUACUCACUGCUGGUUCUUUGGACUUUACAAGACAAUCCUGAGCCAGAAACAGGCCCACAAAGCAUGCGCUGACUGUCCUCUGGAGAGCCUCUUCCAGCUGAUUGCUUCUGUCAGGGGGACUGUUUUAAAUCUAAUGCCUCACUGUCAUGAGGAGUCACUGUACUUUGCUUUUGUUAACUUUAUAUUUGGAAAACUUUCAACAUUACAGAUAAGUUGCAAGAAUCGUACAAUGAACAAACACUUACAUAUCCUUCACCUACAAUUCUUAACAUUUGUCCAGAUUUGUGCAUGUUCUCUCUCUCUCUCUCAUGUUAUUACUCUUAUUAUUUUGCUGAAUUACUUGAGAGUGAGUGGUAGCCAUCAUAACCCUUUACUGUUCCAUACGUACAUACUUCUGUAUGUAUCUCCUAAAGACAGUGAUAUUCUCUAACAAACAGAAGACAGAUAGAAAAUUCAGAGAAUUCAACAUUAAUGCUAUACUAUUAGUAUACUGUCCACAUUCACUUUUAUUCAGUUAAAUUUAGUUUUCUCAGGAUGCCCUCACAUCAAUUGUAAAAUGCAGACAUUAUGUGAACUUUCAUUAUUUUUGGUAAAACUAUUCUCAUUUUAUCGAUACCUUUUGAGAUUUUCUCUACUAUUCACUUGGUACAUGUCAGAAAAAUGUGAAGUCUAGAUCUCCACCAGCUAAUUAAUACUAUUGCCCUGGAGCUCCAUUGCCCACUUCGGUAUUGUCUGUCUACACAGCCAAGCAGGAUGAGAGCUCAGCGAGCACCAAUCAUGAGUCUUACGGCCUCUCACCAAUCGGGCAAGAAGUGAGCAUUUGGAGGCAAAGGUGGGAACAAAAGCCAACCCUGUACAGUGAGGCUGCGACUCUCAGCACUCACACCAAUGACUCUCGGCAUGGUCGUAGCUGAUCUCCUUCUCCCCUAAGGAGACCCCACUGGGUGGCUAAUGAAGGCUGCAGUUCUGGUCUCCCCCAAAACUUAAAGUGGAAAGAGAGAACUGGGGCCCAUGCUGAGACUCAAAGUGCCCGAGACAUGAGACACAAUUUCUUUCCCUGUCAAAAGGUUGUUUCCAGACACAGCCAAAGCCAGUGAAGCCGGCUUAGAACACGGUACAUUCGUGCUCUGUUCCUACAGCCCUUUAACCAGCAGAGAACAUGGUGGCUCCUGCCAGCAACUGUACCCGCCUGACCACUCCUUGGGUUAACAUCAGCAAACCUCUGUGCUAAUUCUCUUGCCCCUGGGACGUGACACCCACCCCCAUCCCCAACAAAAUCCAGAGAAGAAAAUACAACCAAAUAAUUUAGAAAAGGAAAAAAAAAGAUCGCCAACAUUUUCUCGAAUACAUAAACUU